AUGACUGUCAACGAGAGGAGGAGGUCAAGGGGACUCUCUAAUCCUAAUGAUUUCCAGGAAGAGCACCUUUUGCAGCACCCAGGAAACUAUCCACGGGAGAGAUAUAUGAAGCGUAUGACACGCAUAAGGUAUGCUAUGAGACAGUAUUUGAUCCAAUUCACUGACAAUCAGUCGUUAGCCCUCUUUGAAUGGCAGGCGAGGCAUAGAACUCAAUUCAGAGAUGUCUACUUUGCAUACACUGCCUUAUUAGGAUCGCAUACAUUUUAUGUGCUCUGUUUACCAAUUCCGGCAUUCCUUGGGGCAUUUGACUUAGUCCGUGAUAUGGUCUACAUUCUGGGAUACUCGAUCUACCUUUCAGGAUUUUUCAAGGAUUAUUGGUGUCUACCAAGGCCUCAGUCACCGCCAUUGCAUCGAAUAACACUAAGUGCGUAUACAGCCCUAGAAUAUGGGGCACCAAGUUCGCAUUCAGCAAAUGCUACAGGAGUCACUUUACUAUUGCUGUGGAAUACAUGGACUUCUCCCACGUUAAGCCUACCAGUAAAGCUAGGCUGUUCAUUCCUAUCUCUCUUUUAUUACUUCACUUUGGUAGUUGGGCGCAUAUAUUGUGGUAUGCAUGGAAUGCUGGAUAUAACUAGCGGUGCUGCAAUAGGGAUAGUAUGUUUCGUGGUACAGCUUCUCGCCAAGAGUUUCUUAAGUGGGUAUGAUCUCACCACUCGCUGGUGGUUCCCAAUUUGCAGUGUUGGCUGGGGAUUAUUAAUCCUAUUGAAUCACGUCAGGCCUAUCGACGAGUGCCCAUGUUUCGAGGACAGUGUUGCAUUCAUCGGUGUGGUGAGCGGGGUAGAAUGUGGUGAUUGGUUUUUACAUAGGUUCGGCAAGGUCGCAGGUGCCGAUAUGGGAUUGCAAAGAGGAUUUCGCUUUUUCAUUUACAGAUUAUGUGUUGGAAUACCAUGCAUCGUUAUCUGGAAGUACGUGAUAAGUAAACCGCUGGCGUACAAUUUCUUAAUCAAAGUUCUACGAUUUAAAGAUGACAGAGAUGAAAAGGCCGCUGUACAUGCCAAAAAGAAUGAAGACGUGAAGUGCCCUCUAUAUAUCGGUGAAGCCAAGAUCGAUAUCUUUGGAAGGUUUAUCAUAUACGCAGGCAUCCCGAUCACAGUGGUUAUUAUAUGCCCUGCAAUGUUUGAACUUUUAAAUAUCAUGUCAUAUUGA